UCCGUGCUUUCUCAUCAGAAGCAGCGGCUUUCGUGAGUGCCGAUCUUUCAUCUAUAAUUCCCUCUGUGCAGUUAUUGUUCUUUCUUUUUGGUUCUCAAGAUGCAGAUCUUCGUGAAAACUUUGACCGGCAAGACAAUCACCCUCGAGGUGGAAAGCUCCGAUACUAUCGACAACGUGAAGGCGAAGAUCCAAGAUAAGGAAGGUAUCCCUCCGGAUCAGCAGAGGCUUAUCUUCGCCGGCAAGCAGUUGGAGGACGGUCGUACUCUCGCCGACUACAAUAUUCAGAAGGAAUCCACGCUUCACCUCGUUCUCCGAUUGAGGGGCGGCAUGCAGAUCUUCGUCAAAACCCUAACCGGGAAGACGAUCACUCUUGAGGUGGAGAGUUCGGACACCAUUGAUAAUGUUAAAGCCAAGAUCCAGGACAAGGAAGGUAUUCCCCCAGAUCAGCAGAGGCUAAUUUUCGCUGGUAAGCAGUUAGAAGAUGGCCGAACCCUAGCCGAUUACAACAUACAGAAAGAAUCGACUCUUCAUCUUGUUCUUCGAUUGAGGGGUGGUAUGCAAAUCUUCGUCAAAACCUUGACGGGAAAGACCAUCACUCUUGAGGUGGAGAGCUCCGAUACGAUCGAUAAUGUCAAAGCUAAGAUCCAGGAUAAGGAAGGUAUUCCCCCAGACCAGCAGAGACUCAUCUUUGCCGGAAAGCAAUUGGAGGAUGGGCGAACCCUCGCCGAUUAUAACAUACAGAAAGAAUCAACCCUUCACCUAGUCCUUCGGUUGAGGGGUGGCAUGCAGAUCUUUGUCAAGACCUUGACUGGGAAGACUAUUACUUUGGAGGUUGAGAGUUCUGAUACUAUUGACAACGUGAAAGCCAAGAUCCAGGAUAAAGAAGGUAUUCCCCCGGAUCAACAGAGAUUGAUCUUCGCUGGUAAACAAUUGGAAGACGGCCGUACACUUGCUGAUUACAAUAUCCAGAAGGAGUCUACGCUUCACCUAGUGCUUCGUCUUCGUGGAGGAAUGCAGAUUUUCGUCAAGACACUCACAGGGAAAACCAUCACUUUGGAAGUGGAGAGUUCCGACACUAUCGACAAUGUGAAGGCAAAGAUUCAGGACAAGGAAGGUAUCCCACCUGACCAGCAGCGUUUGAUUUUCGCCGGAAAGCAAUUGGAGGACGGGAGGACUCUUGCGGAUUAUAAUAUCCAGAAAGAGUCGACUCUUCAUCUAGUGCUUCGUUUGCGUGGAGGUAUGCAGAUUUUCGUUAAGACGCUCACUGGAAAGACUAUCACUUUGGAAGUCGAGAGCUCGGAUACAAUUGAUAAUGUGAAGGCGAAAAUUCAAGAUAAGGAGGGGAUCCCGCCGGACCAACAACGUCUCAUCUUCGCUGGAAAACAGCUUGAGGACGGUCGCACGCUUGCUGAUUAUAACAUUCAGAAGGAAUCUACUCUUCAUCUUGUGCUUCGUCUUCGUGGUGGGGAUAUCUAGGGAAGUUGCUGUUGGUUUCAUAUUUUAGAUUUGUGUCCGUGUCCGUGUCCGUGUUAAUGUUGUGCAGAUGUUAUUCUGCGUAGUUAUGGAGUCAUCGGAAGUUGUUAAUGCUCCGGUCAUCUAAACGCGUCCUUUACAAUGUUGAUGUUUUCUAUUUGAAUAAAUGAAUGCUUACUCUCAGUAUAAUGUUUUUACUUGGUU